GUUCAUUUACCCUCCUAUCAGUGCUAGUAUACCUUUCCAAAACAACAGGCAGGAUCUGACGGCGGGGUUGAAAGCAUGACCGGUGGUUUCUAUGUGUUUGUCCUGUUUGCCCAUCUCCACGUCUCUUUGAGUGUUGGAAUGACGGGGUUAUACGGUAGCUUCACCUCCCCUGGCUUCCCCCAGCCGUACCCGGACAACCAGCGCGUAGUCUGGAACAUCACAGUGCCACAAGGCCACCGGAUCAAACUCUACUUCACCCAUUUCAGCUUGGAGCCUUCCAACCAGUGUGAAUAUGACUUCAUACAGGUUUUUGCAGAGGGGAACGAAACCUUGCGGUUCUGCGGUCAGGGAGACAAGAACUCUGAAAGCAGCCCCAGGAAUACCAUUAUCCUGUCAGCCGGGAACAUCAUGUCAGUGGUCUUUAGGAGUGACUACUCUAACGAGGGCCGAUUCACUGGCUUCCAAGCAUUUUACACCUCAGAAGAUGUCAAUGAGUGUCUGUUAAACGUAGACGGGGAAAAAGUUUGUGAUCAUUUCUGCCACAAUUACAUUGGUGGCUAUUACUGCACGUGCAAGCAAGGAUUUCAUCUCCAUGACAACAAGAAAUCGUGCACAGUGCCAUGUCCUAGUCAGGAGUUGGUGUCAUCAUCUGGCGUUCUGACCAGUCCAGGCUACCCAGGACCUUACCCACCCAUGAGCCAGUGUGACCACAUCAUCCGUCUGCCAGAGGGUUCCAGAAUUGUUCUGGAAUUCGUUGAACUUUUUGACGUGGAAGGACACCCAGACGUCCCUUGUCCAUAUGAUACAUUGAAGAUCUGGACAGUUGGACAGGAGUACGGACCGUUCUGUGGCUCCGUGCUGCCGGGCCGCAUUGACACAGGAAGUUACCAAGUGCAUGUCACCUUUAAAUCUGACUCUAGUGGAAAAAACAAAGGAUGGAAGAUCAAAUAUACCAGCACCAAGGCCAAGACCCUCUCCAAAGCUACGGACUGAUGGUUUGUUGUUAAAAGAUCAACCCUUUUUUUUCCUAUUGGGGUUUACAAAACUCCAUAAUAAGACGUACCCGUGGCACUUGUUUAAUUGAGCACUAAUUUUGCAUUAUGGUUCUAAAUAAAAAUCCAUUUGUGAAAUGAAAAGCAUUGUAUUAAGAGCUUGCUCAAAGAGAAUUAAUUUCUGCCAUUUCCAGCUUAAAAGGAGUCUCUAAUUCCAUUAAAAAAUAAAUUGGUUGAGGAAAACAUUUGGGUAGAAGGAAGUUUAAUUUGAGAGGCAGUACAUGUUAGUCAUUAAACGUGUUCUAUCAAUUCCUAAAAUUUCCUGUCAUCAGUUACAUUUGUGAUCUGUGCUGGCUGCAGAAAAAAACAUUCAACAUUGUAGUGGAGUAAGACAAAAAACUAUUUUUCAAUUUUCUCCCAGAUCCUCUGACCCCUUAGUAGUUUGGGGCCUUUUUGUCACUUUUCUGCUCUUUUAAUGAUUUACUUUUAUAACAGAUUUUUGUGGCAAUGCUCGAUGUCUAUCUUUUUCAUACAACCUCUGCUUCUUUUUCUUUUUUAAGAUAUUUUUCAUUCAAUUAAACAAUAAUACAACCAUAA